UAGUCUAAAGGGGAGGGGUUGUUUGCAUGCGUGUGUUUGUGUGCGUGUAUGUGUGUAUGUGUCCUCCCCGGCCGCAUGAGAUGAGCUGCCUGCAGUCUUUGCUCCACUGUUUUCGCCUCCUGCUCCUCCUCCUCUUCUUCUUGCCUCUGUCUAUCUGUCCAGUCCGGGAAUGUUGACCACCGUGGCCUGAUCCAACGCUGCCGAGUGUCCCUUCAUCUUCAGACUGACUGCCACUCUCCGUGUUUGUCUCCGAGGGUCGUAGCCUUGCCUCCACUGAUCGGGCUGUAAGGUUCUGAUCUGUCCAUCUUGUAUCGAAACUGAUCCAACCAAGCAAAUUGUACGAAAGAGCUGAGAAACACAAAACAUGGCUGUGGCCGGAUGUCCGGAUUAUUUCCUGCAUCAUCCAAAUUAUCAGCAGGAAAAUAUUGACCGGUCCUCCAAUCACAGACAAGCUGACCUCAUUGGUCCGAGCUUCCAGCAAUCAGCUAAUCGGAGUUCUCCGAACCAUCAAGAGGAUGACGUCGAUUUAGAGGCCCUGGUGAAUGAUAUGAACUCUUCGCUGGAGAGCCUGUACUCCACCUGCAGUGGUCAGCAGAAUGAGUCCACCCCACUACUGCACAAUGGACAGACUUCUUCCUCACACCAUCACCAUCACCAUCAUCACACGCAACACAACCAGCCUCGGCAGGGUCAGCACUCACAUGUGCUAAGCCACAUCUUCCCAGAGCCGUCCUCCUCCUCCUCGUCCGCGGACUCACCCCAAACCAGCCUCCGCCGGUCACAACCUAUGCACAUCCUCGCUGUCAGGAGGUUGCAGGAGGAGGAGCAGCAGCUGAGGACAUCAUCUCUCCCGGCCAUCCCCAACCCCUUCCCAGAACUCUGCAGUCCAGCAAGCUCCCCUGUCCUCAGUCCUGGGUCCCUUCCUCCUGGAGAACCCUCCACUGGCAAUUAUAUUGUGAAGAUCUUCAGUGAAGACGGCAUGGGUAAAGUGGUGGAGAUCCCAGCCGACAUGACAGCCAGAGACCUGUGCCAGCUCCUGGUUUAUAAAAGCCAUUGCGUGGACGACAACAGUUGGGCACUUGUUGAACACCACCCGCUGCUAGGGCUAGAGCGCUGUCUAGAAGACCACGAGCUGGUGGUUCAGGUCCAGGCCUCUAUGAACAGCGACAGUAGAUUCCUCUUCAGGAAGAACUAUGCCAAAUAUGAAUUCUUCAGAAACCCCCUGACAUUUUUCCCGGAGCACAUGGUUGCAUGGUGCCAGGAAACCAGCCGUACAAUUCCACCAUCUCAACUCCUUCAGAACUUCCUAGCGACCAGUAGCUGUCCAGAGAUCCAGGGUUACUUGUAUGUGAAGGAGGUGGGUAGGAAGUCAUGGAAGAAAGUUUACAUGUUCCUGCGGCGCUCAGGACUCUACUGCUCUACAAAAGGAACCUCAAAGGAGCCCAGACAUUUACAGUUACUAGCAGACCUUGAAGACAGCAACAUCUUCACUGUCAUCACAGGCAAAAAGCAGCACGGUGCACCAACAGACUACGGGUUCUGCAUCAAGCCCAAUAAAGGUCGAGGAGAGUUGAAGGAGCUGAGGAUGCUGUGUGCUGAGGAUGAACAGGGCAGGACCUGUUGGAUGACUGCCUUCCGACUCUUUAAGUAUGGGAUUGUGUUGUACCAGAAUUAUAAAAUUCCUCAACAAAGAAAAACCUUACUUUCACACUUCUCAGCACCUGUGCGGAGUGUAUCAGAGAACUCCCUUGUGGCAAUGGAUUUCUCAGGGAGGAUAGGCAGGGUGAUUGACAACCCUGUAGAAGCUCAGAGCGCUGCCAUGGAGGAGGGACAUGCGUGGAGGAAGAGGAGUACACGAAUGAACAUAUUAGGCUCCCACAGUCCACUUCACCACUCCUCACUAAGCUCAGUCAUCCACAUAGCUCAGUUGUGGUUCCAUGGCAGGAUAACCAGAGAAGAAUCCCAUCGCAUUAUCCACCAGCAGGGGCAAGUAGAUGGGUUGUUUCUGCUGAGAGUCAGUCAGAGUAACCCCAAGACGUUUGUGCUCACAUUGUGCCAUCACCAGAAAAUCAAACAUUUCCAGAUACUACCGUGUGAAGAGGACGGCCAAAUCUUCUUCAGCCUUGACGACGGCGCCACCAAAUUCACCGACCUGAUUCAGCUGGUGGAGUUCUACCAGCUCAACAGAGGAGUGCUGCCUUGUAAACUCAAACACCCGUGCACCGUCGUGGCCUUAUGAUAUCUUUGGAUCAUCUGACCCCAUAACCCCUAUCACUUGACCUGACUGCCUAAAACAAACAAAACAUCAAGAACCUUUCUGUUGCUUGGUUGUUUUUGUUUUAAUCCUUUUAAGAAGCUGGUGAAUUGACUGACGUUUCAUUGUUGUCAUUUUAUAUUGUCGUGAGUCCGCCGGAGACUGCUGACUUGUUGGAUUCCCUUUGGUUUGCAUGGAUGUUUGAGGAAUCAAAUGUGCAACUUGCUCAUGAGGUUCCUGAGUCAAGAAGAAAGAAGAUAAAGGAAAUGAACACUGCCGUUUGUGUCAAUGCCGUUGCAAAAUCUUCCACAAUCUUGCUACCCAUAGUCAUCAAUAAGCUUGGACACAGUGACCCUCAAGGUUUUAUCACACAGCUCAAGUGUAGACUGUAUUUCCCUUCAACUGGACAAUCAGCAGGACAAUUCAAGCUUGCGUGUUGGACCACUCUGCUCUCUGAGAACAAACAGUAGUCUCAUUCACACUUCAUCACAUGUCCUCAAAGAAUAUACUGUAGAUUGAGAGUUGAUUGUCUCUUAGUUUUGCACUCAUCAAACUGGGAGUGGCCUUUGACGGUGCAUGACUUCUCCGCUGUUGCAUUGUUUAACUGUGAGAUGGUGCCACCGCCCUCUAGUGUCAUAGGCAUGCAAAGUCAAGACAUGUCAAAAUUCAACAUGGAUGAGAUUUGGAGGCACCAGAAAGAGUGUUGCUUUUGAAUCCUUUUUGAGGUUUGGAAACAUCAGAAGUUUGUCAAGUCAAACUAGCCUGGAGAAAGUGGCUAAGGAAAAAUCUGGACCUGUUGAAACAAAGUAUUUUAUUUAAUAGUGGACAUUACAAAAUCUGCAUUGUCCACCCUCACAGAAAUGUAUUUGCUCAUCUCUGACCACACAGGUUUUCUUUUCUUAAUGGUACAUUCAUUGCAGUUAUGUAUUGUUAUCAAUAUUGUCUUUAAUAAUUUUUUUUAAAGUCCACCUUUUGCAUUCUGGAUAGUUGCAACUCUUCAUUACUCACAUAAGCUACAAUAAGGUCAUUCUGUACCGAAGUACUUCUGUACUGCACGCUCCAGUUCCCUAAAGUAUUUCCCAUGCAAAUUCCACAAAAAUGAAUAAGCAUUAAUCAAACCAUGAUGUCAUUCAGGGUGAAAUAACAAGUAAUAAAGCUAGACGAAUUUUGUAACCAGGAAGGUUAUGGUGAUUGUAAUGUUGAAAAGUGUAACCAGGUAACUAUUUGGGGGAAAUUAGCAAGUGCAAUAGUUCACUGCAGGUGAAGGCAUGAUGAUACCUGUUGCAGAAGAUAAAGUGGGUCAAUGGAGAGUAUCAAUAUUUUGUUUGAUUCCUCCUCACCACAGCACAGGGAAGGAUAACCACUAGCAUUUCCUUCAGGUCUUUUUCAAGUGACAACAAAUCAAAGGAAACAAAAAUGAUCAAUCGUUGUCAAACAAAACUAAGCCCAGAGAUACAGUGGAUCCUGUGGGAAACAUCUGUCCUGGUUCUGGGCCCUCUUUUCACAUAUGUUUCACAUAUUGUACUCUGUGCAUUACAUUCCAUAUAAUGCGGCCUUCUUCUACCUGGAAGUACUUGUGAACCAACAGUAUCACAUACACACCUACUGCCUACUGCACGCCGCCUCUUUAUGAAUUCAGGCAGACUGUCAAGAAGUUAAUCGCUGUUGCUACUGUGUGGGGAAAUUGUGUGAAGAGAGAAGAAUAUUGUAAACAAAUGACAGCUGCCUCUCCUUCUCUGUCUCUUGCUCUUCUCGACCUGUCUCACCUGGUCUCUUCACACUUUAUUUAGCCUUCUGUUGGAUAAAGUGAAAAUACACUCUCAGGGGUGUUGCAGCAAUGUAAAACUUGACAUUUUAGGACUCAGACUUCUGACUGCAAAAGUUCUACAGAACCCAUUUUGAUUAUUUUAACCCAUGUCCCUUCAUUUUAGUUUACUGAAUUGUCUCUGGUACAUGAUGUGGUUUUGACGAUAAUAAGAGCAUCAGACUUAAAACAGAGGUCAUAAAACUCUUACUGAGUUAGUCUGAGGGCACUGGCUACACCUACCUUUUGUCCCAGGCAGGGCACUUUCAGCAAAAAUCAAUUAUUUUCCUAAUGCCAGCCAAGGUCAGUCAAAAAAAGGUAUUUAAAUGGAUUUCCCUUUGUGUUUUGGCCAAGUCCAAGAUGGAGCUCCUGUAAUUAACUAUAUAGUGAAAGGAAGAUUUCAGCACGGUGUCACUAGAUAACCUGGAUCAAAUAGGUAGGGAUGCAUUAUUAGCACCCAUUGAUCAUGUCUGGCAGAAUGGAACUAAAUGGAUAACACAUGAAGGGCAAAACCCAGCCAUCUCAAAUUCUGGGAAGACUUACAGUAGUCAAAUGCCCAAAGUUAGUUGAAGUAUCUUAUGAUAUUUUUACUCAGUGUGUCACUCCCAGUAAAUUCGGUUCAUAAUCACCCCCUUUGAAAUGUCUCACCACAAACAGUUGUUUUAUCAUUUCUUGUUAUUCCAUGACUAUGCCUGACUUACUGAUUUCUAAAAACUCACACUAAAGUUUUAUUUAGUCCAAGCUUUGGUUGUAGCUCUGGUUAGGUCACCAGCCAGCAGACGAUUAGAUAUCUAUUUGUACUUACCUGUAAUGCAACAUCAACAGCCAUGAUUUAUUUACCUGCAGGUUGUCUUAAAGUAUAUUGAACAUCUGAGAUGCAGAAUAGCUGCACCAUAUUGACUCUCUGUGCAUGGUCACCAUUAUUUAUCUAAGAUGCAAUGUCGCAAUCAUUUUUUAAAGUAUUGUUGCAGCAAAAUGUAUUUAUUUAUCUGGAUGUGACUGAUUACUUGAACAUUUUAGAUUUCUUUUUCUCAGCGCUGUUCUGUACGGUUUUCUUUUGUCAUUACCAUGAAAUGAUUGACCAGUGUGACUUAUUAUUCUAAUUAUUAUUGUGGUAAUGACAUAGCAUCUAUUGAUGUUUUGUUUUCUUUUUUUAGUUUCAUUCAAAAGCAAUUUUGUCAUCAUCAACACUUGUUAUGAAGUGAUGUUUUAAAGCACACUGGCAUCCAUAGUGUUAACAUUGUCAUUCCAAUAGAUGACAGGUGAAAUGACAUUUAAAAAAAAAAAUACCCGAGUUUCCCAAAGCAUUAGUCACACUUUUAAUUAGUGUUCUCAUUUCUCCCAGAUCUAUGAAAAUAUCUUCUUUAAAGAAUUCCAACCCUUUUAUGUUAAAAAGCCUCAAAUUUUCUCAUCAUCACUGAUUUGUAGUGACCUAAACAAAAAAAAAAUUGAUAUGAAUUAAAGUAAUAAAGCCACAAAUGUUUUGGGAAAAAGGGACAAGUAAAACUCAACAUUCUCAUAAUUCACUGUUUAAACACCUUGCCUUGAAGAAGGAAUUGUAGAAAUUUAGUGUAAAAAAAAAGCCCUUUACAUUCAAGUUAAACCUUUUCAAUGAACAUCUUUAAAGGUCCAGUGCGUAGGAUUUAGUGGUAUCUAGCAGUGAAAUUGCAGUUUGCAACCAUUUGAAUACCGCUUGCAUCACCCUCCCCUUCCAAGCAUGUAGGAGAAACUACGGUGGCCGCGAAACUCGCAAAGAACACAAACGGCCCUAUAGAGCCAGUGUUUGGUUUGUCUGUUCUGGGCUACUGUAGAAACAUGGCGGUGCAACAUAACGACCUCCGUGCAAGGGGACCCACUCCCUCUGUAGAUAAUGAAAACACCACGAUUCUUAUUUUCAGAUGAUUAAACUCUAAUGAAAACAUACUUAUAAAUAUUAUAUUCCAUUUCUGCCAGUAGCUCCUCCUAAAUGUUACAUACUGGACCUUUACAUACUUAGAUUAGAUAAAAUUAAAGAAAUGCAUAACCACACAUACACACACAUAGAGACACAGUAAGGCAUCAUGACAAUUUCCUCUGUAAUAAUUUACACCCUUAAAACUGCAUGCAAACAAACUGCAAUGAACAGGGAUGGGAUACUUACAUGUAAUUGAAACCCUCCCAGAGCAACAUUGUUUGAUGGGUCACAGCAUUGACCUCCUUUCAGCAGAAUGAAGAAACUAAAUUUAGUAGGUAGGUUUUAUCAUUUGCAUGAAUGUGCAUUUUGAGUAAUGUGUAGGGAUUCUGUCGCUGGUAUUUGAUUAGUGGGCAUUUGGAGAAAUCUGGAUUAUAACAAUGCAUAAUUCUUUUGUAGUGGCUGAAAGUCAUCUUAAGAUAUUGAGAUGUCACUGAAAUGUUGAUGCUAGCUGUUUCUUAAUUCUAAUCUAAGUCCCCUGAGAUUCAGUCUACCCACUCUGGAGUUAUCCUCAAACUCCCAUUAUUACUUCUUUUUCUGGCUGACGUAAAUGGUAGCAGAUGUCAACAUGUGAGGAACAGAUAGCCUUUAAGGUGGAGUUAGUAUUCGCCCAUAAACUGUGAUAUUCGCAGGUUCUUACUUUAUAUGCAAAAGGCAGAAAGAUAAAUUAGUGAACACAUGAAAAAGAAAUCAGGGGAUUUGCAUAUCCAAGUUUUUAAACUUAACAGAAAUGAAUGUAACUGGGUUGCUCAGGGUUGACUGGGAGCAUGUUAAAAACUACUGGUCCAUCAGAUCUCUAGGACGUUUAUGUUCAAGAUGAUGAUGGAUUCAAAAAUAUUUGAGUUUCAUUAUGCUUGGAGUUGUUACGACACACUUUUCUCCAAUAUGUGCACCACCAAGCAAAAUUUAGUAGAUCCAGUACCAUUUAAAGAGUACAGUUAACAGCGUUGUUAAUGUUAUUGUUUAAGCUGUUUAUAAAAAAGCCUAAAAUACUUGCCUGGCUACCUGAACUGAUUUAAAACCCCAUCUCUGACAAUGUUACCUAUUCAACCUAUUCACAUUUGGCAACAACAGGUGACCAAUUCAUAAAACAUCCUCAAUGUUCAUGCCAUCAUUUCUAGUAAAUUAGAAGAAAUUAUCUAAUGUGAUUCAUUUCAUCAUAUGAUGCUGUGUCUUACAAAGAUAAUCAAAUAGACACUCAAACGUGUAAAUAAAAUAACUGACAGUGGAGCACAGUGUCAGUUUUGGUAGCCAGGUAACAACAGAUGGUGCCUCUGAUGACUCACUCUUUCUCUGCACAAACCAGACUUAACUUGUGGACCAAAUGACAGACAAAACUACCGUUCGGAGGGGACUGUUCACACUCAAAAAUCUUGCAAGUACUUGAUAAGUACAAUUCAAAAACCGAAAACAGCACUCCAAAUGAGUCUGGUGAAAGGUGAUUGAGAAUGAAUGCUUGUAUUUUCAGUUGAAGUUACAGUUCGCUUCUAGAGUUGAAAGUGAUUUGCCCCCUAUUCUGCAAAGAUGGAUUGAUCGAUUAUCAUCUUGACUCUUGUGCAUUUUCAUAACAUUGUCACAGUGCAAGAUACCAUGGCUGUACAAAUGAGUAAAGUAAAAUAUAUCUAUAUGAAAAUAUAAACUAUUAUGUAUUUCAGGGAAUGCAAAAAAGAAAACAGUAACUUAUCUCUUUUUUGUUAGAGAGAGCUUCUGUAUUCAAAAUGUGCUUUGCUUCAAUCUGUAAAUAGUUGAAUGGCUUAUAAAUCUUAAUUGUAACCUUUUCAGGUAUUUUUGUACAAAUAAGGGACUGAUAUAUUCUGUUUAUUGUAAUUAGAAUAAAACAUUAAUACAUUGAUAUAAAAA